AUGAGUUGUUACAAAUUACUCAAUGUGACCCUAUUGUUGACAUAUUUCAAUGGAUCAUCAUUCAUUCAUUCAUCACAGAUAGAGAUAGAGAGGAGAAUGACAGCACAGGUAGAAGAUAUACAUACAGCAUUAACAUUUACAGAUCUUACAACGGUUCAUUAUCUACAUACUGAUCCUUAUGGAUUGGUAAAUGCCUAUAUUACAUUGAUACCGAUUGCUAUUGCCGUCGGUGCAAUCACCCUAUUCAUCUUUAGAAGAGAUCUAAGAACUGCUGCUGUAUUUGCUGGUCUAGUGUUUAGUGAAUCUGUCAAUUAUGUUUUAAAAAAGACAAUCAAAGAAAAUAGACCUGAUGCCUAUGAUGGAUUAAUCAAAGGUAAACAUAGUUAUGGAAUGCCAUCAAGUCACUCUCAAUUUAUGUUCUUCUUUUCAACUCUUGUAACUCUAUUCAUCAUCAAGAAUAGAAUUAAUUUUAAACAUUCAACUUCAUUGUUGACCAUUCCAUUCCUUUAUACUGUUUCUGCAAUGGUUGCAUAUUCAAGAUAUCAUUUAUAUUAUCAUACAUUAAAACAAGUAUUAUUUGGAUCAUUGGUUGGUAUUUCAUUGGGACCUAUUUGGUAUUUUGUGAUUGAGUUUAUUUUGGUACCAUAUAUCUUCCCAAUUGUCAUUAACAACCCAAUUGGUAGAUACUUUUAUUUGCGUGAUACUUCAUCUAUUCACAAUCUCAUGGAAUUCGAGUACACCAAUGCUACCAAAGAAAUUCAAAGAUUGAAAAAUACAAAAAAGAAUAAAUAG